AUGGCGGCCCUCGAUGACCUGUUCGCAGCUGACGCGAAGCUUCGGGCUCUGGCCGACGACUCCGAUCAGCUUCAGGAUGCCCGCCGCCGCUUCGAGACGACGCCACCCGUGUAUAGGUCCCGUCCUUCGGUCGAAAUCACCCAACUUAAUAGUCCAGGCCCGGCCACCGAGGGGGAGCGCAGACUUCGCGAUGGAAGGGCUCGGCUCUUCUUUAUUAAGAACCACAGGGCCAAUUCGUGGCCAGAUUGUCAAUUUAGGCAGCAAAAGUCUGCAGAGGUCGGUUUUCGCAUCGAGAAGUGGCGGAAAAGGUACGGCCCGCGUUGCUACGGAAUGUACGACGACACGGAGAUUGCGGAGCUCGUGGUCCGGGAGCGAUGGCGCGAGUGGGGUAUUUGGAGCGAGCAUUGGGAGCGCGAACCCGAGGGUCGUUGGAAGACUGAUGUCGUGGUACCGGUCGACGACUCUCGUCCUGAACUUGACGCCGAAGCGGGGGCGGAAACCAGUGAUGGAUGCAGCUCUCGGGACCACCAAAGCUCACCCGGACGGGAGCGGGAGCCCGUGCAAACUGCACGAGGCUGCGACGACGAUAACUCGCGCCCUUACAACCUCUUCCUCCUCCUGGUUGGCGUCGAGCGUCAACGCCUGCGAUACAGACUCGGCACCAGCGUUGAUCCUCACGACAUCAACACGCAAGCCUACAAUGCGGUGAAAGAGCAGUGGGAGCGUGAGGGCAUCUGGCGGACGACUUGGGGAACCCUGCCGGGGAUGACCUGGAAGCAUGAGCAUCUCCUGAAGGAUAUCAUCGACGAGGAGGCCUGCCUCACGUUGGAGGAGCUCGAUCAUACACGAUACUACUCGAGCACGGAAGUAGUGGCGGCCUUUUACGGUGCGGAUGACUCCGGUACGGGGACCCCACGCUCUGUUCGAAGCGCGUCGCCAACUCAGGAGCCGCAAGACGCAAAGUCGCCAUAUGCAUUCGACUGGAGUCCGACAGGGCCUGUGCAAGGCGGUCCAGAGACGACGAGCCUCCCACCGAUCCGCUUUCCAGCGUCUCGCGGUUUAUUUGACCCGAUCGAGCGUGUCCAGAGUCCUGAUGGCAAAUGCGACAAACGCCCGGGAGACGGCCCCGAUGUCGAGGGUGAGACAGAGUGGUCCAGGGAGCCCGACACGUCCGACAUGAACAAGACCUCGGUGCAGAUAUCUCGGCAAUUUUCCUCUCCCACUCUCGGGGCUGACCGUGUCGUCACUCGACCGUCGGACAAGGUGGCCGGCGCAAACGGCCCGGUCGGCCACGAGCAUGACGGGUCGCAUCCGGAAAUGGCACCUUCCCCGCCUCUGGAAAACACGGUCAACGCGAGAGGCAGUCCGGCAGACCUGUCUUUGACUGUCCGGAAGUCGCCCAAGAGGAAAAGGGCUUCAAAAACUGGCCGCGAACAGCCCGCGACCCAGGCACGCCCACCGUCGCCCAACUGCGAGGGACCAAGGCGGCGGAGUAAGCGCCUCGCCGCAAGGGAAACGACCGCAAGCCCGGUUUCAAAGGGCCCUCGACGUGGGAAGCCCAAGGCCGGACGAUGA